AUGUACGCGACGUGCGCAAAGCUGAGGACCUGCAAAGGAGUCAGUCCAGCUCUACGGGCAGCUUUUCAUGGAGUAAGCCGCAACGGCAACGGGUCUGGAGCGCGUCACCCUCAGCUACGUGCUUCUACUGUAUGGAGCCCGUCGUCCCGGAGAUGGUAUGCGGUUGACUUGAACUCGUUGGACAGCAAAUGGAGGCAGAAGUGGAAAGAAGAGGAAGCGGCGCCGAGGCUGCAACGCAAGGUCGCCACGCCGCAGCAGGACAACCGCCCGGGGACAAAGUAUGUCCUGCCAAUGUUCCCGUACCCUUCUGGUAGCCUACACCUCGGGCACUUGCGAGUCUACACUAUCGCCGACGUGGUCGCUCGAUAUCAUAGACUACAAGGAGACGACGUCCUUUUGCCAAUGGGCUGGGAUGCCUUUGGCCUGCCGGCUGAGAAUGCUGCUCUCGAACGAGGCAUUGCGCCAGGGGAUUGGACGAGGACCAACAUUGCGAAAAUGAGGGAGCAGCUGGAUGUUAUGAAUGGCAGCUGGGACUGGAGCCGUGAGGUUACAGCUUGCGAACCCGACUUUUACAAACACACACAAAAGCUCUUUCUCAUGUUGCAUGAAAGAGGGCUUGCCUACCAAGCUGAAGCCGAGGUCAACUACGAUCCCAUCGAUAAGACCGUCUUGGCCAAUGAACAGGUUGAUGCCAGUGGCUGCUCGUGGAGGUCCGGGGCCAAGGUCGAAAAGAAAAAGCUGAAGCAAUGGUUCUUCCGCACCUCGGCGUAUCGAGAUGCUCUUCUGAGAGACUUGGAUGAACUCGCAAAGGGAAAUGCCUGGCCGGAGCGCGUAAUUUCGCAGCAAAAGAAUUGGCUAGGAAAAUCCACCGGAGCCAUGGUCAAGUUCCCUAUAAUGGCCCUCGGUGGUGUCAAUGUCGGGGCAGCAAUCGAGGUCUUCACCACUCGGCCGGAUACACUCUUUGGGGUCCAGUACAUUGCUCUAGCUGCGUCGCACCCCGUGGUUGGUCAAUUGGCACAGAGUGAUGCUGAGCUCCAAGCCUUCUUGGACACCCUCCCAGGCCUGCCACCUGAUUCCAAGGUUGGUUAUCUGUUGCCCCAACUGCGCGCCAUCAAUCCACUGGCAUACCAUGACGACACCCCUGACGCUACAAAGGCGUCGCUCCCCAUCUAUGUUGCGCCGUACGUCCUGGGCGAUUAUGGUGAAGGCGCUGUCAUGGGUGUCCCAGGCCAUGAUGUGCGCGAUCAUUCAUUCUGGAAGACGCAUCAUGCCGAUCAGCCCAUACGAAUGGUGCUUGCAGCAUCGGAAGACGAGAGCACAACCGUCUUCCCCUACGAGAGGCCCUUUGUGGCCCAUGGCGUCAUGACCCAGCACAGUGGCGCCUUCAAGGGGAAGCUUUCACAAGAAGCUGGCCAGACCAUGGUGCGCAUGCUAGAGGCAGCAAACUUGGCAAAGCCCGUCGAGAGGUGGCGUCUACGGGACUGGCUCAUUAGCCGCCAACGGUAUUGGGGAACGCCGAUCCCGAUUAUCCAUUGCGACUCUUGCGGUGCGGUGCCGGUACCGGACGGAGACUUGCCCGUCAAGCUGCCGACUGUUCCGGAGCACUGGUCCGGGGGUAAGACGGGAAAUCCGCUCGAGUCCCUUGCCGAGUUUGUGAAGGCCGACUGCCCCAAGUGCAAAGGACCUGCUCGCCGGGAUACGGAUACCAUGGAUACGUUUGUUGACUCGAGCUGGUACUAUGCACGCUUCGCGGACCCGCACAACGCCGAGCAGCUGUUCUCCCCGGAAGCCAGCAAGAUUCUGCCGGUAGACACAUACAUUGGAGGCAUCGAACAUGCCAUCUUGCAUCUCCUGUAUGCUCGGUUCAUCUACAAGUUCUUGGCCUCGACUCCGCUGAUGGCAGGCUUCACGGAGCAGACGUCGUCGUCAGCGGAACCGUUCAAGCGCCUGAUUACGCAGGGAAUGGUGCAUGGAAAGACGUACAUCAAUCCUGACAAUGGCGCCUUUCUGAAACCCAGCGAAGUCGAUCUCUCCGACCCGGCAUCCCCCAAGGUCGUGGCCACCGGUGCGGAUGCCACAGUAGCCUUUGAGAAGAUGUCCAAGUCCAAGCACAACGGCGUUGAUCCCACGGAAUUCAUUGCCAAGUACGGCGCUGAUGCCACCAGAGCUCACAUGCUCUUUCAGGCACCGGUCGGGGAUGUGCUGAACUGGGAUGAAGCCAAAAUCUCGGGAGUCACCCGCUGGCUGCAGAGAUUGCACGACCAGGUCGUGGCACUGUCGGCGUCGCCAGAAGAACCAGGACAAGCCAGGGACCUGUUGGAGUCGAGCUUUCAGAAAGUGGGCUCGAUGAGUGCGCGCGAGCUGGCACAGUGGGAUGCCGACACUGCGUUGUGGCGACACGUGCAGCGGACAAUCGCCUCGGUGACGCACUCGUACGACGACGUCUACUCGCUGAACACCAUCGUGUCGGAUCUGAUGAGUCUCACCAACGCUCUGCUGAGCUCGAAAGCGGACGACAAUUACAAAAGGCAUGCGACCAGCACCCUCACCAAGCUGCUGGCGCCUAUCGCACCUGCCUUUGCCGAAGAGUGCUGGAGCGUGUUGCAUCCCUCGAGAGGGUCUGUCUUCAGCACGACACGUUUCCCCACACAGGACGGCACGCUGGGAUCCGCCAUGCUCCAGCCUCGGAAGCAGCCUUGCGCUGUACAGAUCAACGGGAAAGUCCGGGGCGUAGUGGACGUGGCUCCUCCUCCUGCGGGACUGCAGGGUGACGAGCUGAAGCAGUGGAUGAUAACCGCAAUCCUCGACAGCCAGCUGGGCAAGGAGCGGUUCAGCGGCGGGAAAUACGACUUGAAGAAGGCCAAGACGGCCAUUGCUGUGCGCGGAGGGCGAGUCAUGAGUUUUGUCGUGUAG